ACAAAUAUCACACGAUCCGGCUGUAGAGAAAAAAAAAAGAGAGCUGCCGAUCCCCUUUUCAGAAGGAUGGCUUCGUCGUUGUUCCUCAGGUCCGCCGCAGGCCGCGUUCUUCGGCGAUCGAUUCCGCAGGGCUCCUUCCCUCGGAACCCAGUCCGGUUCUUCUCCGAUGGUGUUGGGAGGAUCGAAUCCAAGGGCCCCGACAUGGCAUAUGAAGAGUUUGGUGAAAACAUCCAUAAAUUACAGAAAGAAACCCGCAGUUUGGUAGAACGGGAAAAACUUUUUGAGAAACGGGAGCAACGGCAAAGGGUAAUAUCGUAUUUCUUAGUUCCCACCGCCGUCGCUGUCUGGAUAUUUGGUGCAAUCAAGAAGCAGGAAAGACGUGAGAGGGUCAACCAAGCUAACCAUCCAUGUUGUCUUUGUACUGGUACUUCUGCUAGCAUCGUCUGAUGUCUGUUGUGUGUCUGGGAAGUAUGUUGUGCAGAGUUGAGCUUGCUCUGUGGUGUAUGGGUGCAAAUUGCCGAACCUUGGGAGGACCCUCCAAUCCUCUACUUCAAGCAAAUGUAGCUUUCCAAAAAGCUACUCCUUUGGAGUAUUUGAUUUGAAAAUCUAGUUCAUUUCAUUGAACUAGAGAGGGUUAGACGGUACCCUAAAGAUACAAAAUUUGCACCCGAGUGUGGUGUACUAAGUUGUGGAUCUAUUGACACGUUAAUUAUGAGGUUUCUUCUGCUGUUGUUGAAGUCA